CCGCGAUGUUUUGUAACACACGUUGUGAAAGCUGUUUGAUAAGUGCCAUACCUGGUCAGUGUAGCAACCUUUCAAAGUGAAGACUGCACAGGUGAUGAAAGUAUUUGUCGCCGCGAUCAUUCUCCCCGGUUUGGCUUAGAUAGUUCCAGCUAAAAUGCCUGAGGGUCCAGAACUGCACCUGGCUAGCCUGUUUGUGAACAAAAUGUGUGAGGGCGUGGUGUUCACCGGACCAGUCAGAAAGUCCGAGGUCAGCAAGAACCCAGAUGUGCCCUUCACCUGUGACGCAUAUAUUAUCACAGCCACUUCCAGAGGGAAGGAAGUGAAGCUCACGCUGACGCCCAUGAAGAGUGAUGAUCCGAAACAGAGAGUGAAAGCAGGGCAAGCAGUGGAGCCCAUGGAUAUAGUCUUUCGCUUCGGGAUGUCAGGCUUUUUCCGCUUCACCGCAGAGGAUGAGUUGCCCAAGCACGCCCAUCUGCGCUUCUUUUCCAAAGAGAAUCCCUGCAGAGUGCUGAGCUUUGUGGAUGCACGCAGGUUUGGCAGCUGGCACCCCAAUGGGACGUGGCAGGCUGACAGAGGGCCCUGCAUCAUGUUUGAGUACAAAAGCUUCAGGGAGAACGUUGUGUCACACCUGUCCGACCGGGCCUUUGACAGACCCAUCUGUGAAGUUCUGCUCAAUCAAAAGUACUUCAACGGAAUUGGGAACUACCUGAGGGCGGAAAUCCUAUUCAGAUUAAACAUUCCACCCUUUGUGCCUGCCAGAGAUGUACUCGAAGGUCUUACCACAGAAGAUUUAUGCGACAAUAUGAAGCCUGUGAAAAAUGAAACUGCAGACACAAAGACAACCCCACAAAUAAAGAAAGGAAAAGCGGUGAAACAGGAGGCUGAUGACCUGCUCAGACUCUGCCAUACAGUACCUCUGGAGGUUGUGAAAAUGGGUGGAAAGGGCUACGAUCCGGAGAAGGCGGACUACUCUGCCUUUGAGGCAUGGCUGCAGUGUUACUACGUGGAUGGGAUGAAGUCUCUCCGGGAUCACAACGGCAGAACUGUGUGGUUCAGAGGAGAUCCAGGCCCCAUGGCUCCAAAAAAUUCAAAGUCACCCAAAGCAAAAAAGAGAGUAAAGAAGGAGGAGGACCAUGAUUACACAGACAAGAAAAAGGUGGCCAGAAGCCGCUCUGAAAACACUGUAAAGAAAAGACUGAUCAAAGAGGAACGUGUGGCCAAAACGCCACAGAAAGAAAAGACUGCAAAUCGGAAGGAAACCGGAUCAAAGAGAAGAAAGGCUGAAAAGGCCCGAGAAAUGAGCACACCGCAGCGAGAAACGAGAUCUAAAGCAUGCAGGAGGAAGAGCAGCAGUGGCGAGCCAACUGCAGGUCCACAGAAGCGAAACGGGAGGGUGACCAGAAAAGACGGCAAAUAAAAACAAAGCAAAAAAAAAUCACCUGUUUUAUAGAACGGUUUUAAACAUUUUUUUAUACGAUUAAAUCUUUUUAAUAAACAUUUUUCUACUGAA